UUACACACGGAAGUGAUCACUAAGGUGACUUGAAGGUGGUUUUCUUUUUUUACUGUCAUCGAAUAUAACGGAUAUAGAGAUAAGAGCCAAGCGAUGAAGAUAACCUCCGCGACCGCGUCGGUGCUGUUCCUGGCCGCCCUUUGGCAGCCCACCCGCCCGCAGUGCUUCCCGCCCUUCGAGGGCAACCAGCCCAACAGGCACGCGCAUGCGGACCUCUAUUCGGGGCAGCAGGAGUUCUCGCUGGCCCUGCUGAACGCCAUCAACAAGGUGAUGCCCGGCGAGAACCUGUUCUUCUCGCCCUACUCGACCUACCACGCGCUCUUGAUCGCCUAUUUCCUGUCGGGGAAGCAGACGGAGACCUACUUGAAGAAGGUGCUCAGGCUCAACCAGGAACAGGAAAAAUCCGACAUCUACGCGGCCUACAAAACCGACAGAUACUUGACGCAGGUACUCGCCAGGAACGCCCCCUACGAGUUCACCAACGCCAACAAGAUCUACGUGGAAGAAGAGGUCCCGAUCAGGGAAUGCGUCUCCAACGACUUUCCCGAGGAGCUCGAGAAGAAGUCCUUCAAGACGAACCCUGAGGCAGCCAGAGUCUCGAUCAAUAAUUGGGUUGAAAAUAUAACGCACAACAUGAUCAAGGACCUGUUGCCUCCCGGAACAAUAGACCAGACUACUGAUUUGGUGUUAGUCAACGCUGCCUACUUCAAGGGGCUCUGGGAGAACAAAUUCGCUCCAGAGUUGACGAAGCAGGAGGUAUUCUAUGUUAGCCCCAACAAGCAGAUCAUGGUCGAUAUGAUGCAUCUUGAGGGUACUUUCAGGCAUGAUAUAUCUGAAACAUUAGGAGCCCACAUCUUGGAAAUGCCUUACAAAGGAGACAACAUAAGCAUGUACAUUCUCCUUCCACCCUGGUCCAACACUGAAGAUUCUAUCGAAUCGACCUUGAAAAACCUGACCCUAGAAAACUUCAAGAGCAUCGUCAAUAAUGAUAACUUGAUAUCUAAAACGGUACAAGUUGCCCUUCCCAAGUUUAGUUUGGAAACUUCAAUCGAGAUGACACCGAUAUUAGAAUCCCUGGGUGUCGGGAACCUGUUCAAAAACGACGCUGACUUCAGCUCCCUCACGCCCAAAAAAAUCUCGGUCGGCGAAGGCAUUCACAAGGCGCGGAUCGAGAUCAACGAAAACGGAGCACACGCGGCCGCCGCCACUGCUCUCUUCACGUGGCGCAUGAUGUCCGACGAAGAGGACACUGUCAAGUUCACCUGCAACAAGUCCUUCGUUUAUAUCAUUUACAACGGGAAGACGCACACCGUGUUGUUCGCUGGCAUUUUCAGAUCUCCGCCAUCGAAAUGA